CAGGGACGUGCAGAGAUUCGCGGCCCGUGCGGCCCUCCACUGGCUCGAACACUCCGCUUAAGACUAUAUAGUCGGAGAUAGAUCGAAACGGCCACCCUUUCAUGGCUUCAAACAACAAUGAAAAAAUAUCCUUCAAGGGUUUUAUUUUGGCUAUCACGGUGUUCUCUGUGACCGUUUUUGGGGUAGGCGGCCUACAGUGUGAAAAUGGCUUCGUGGUGGCGAACAGUAUAAAACGGAUCGGGGAUGAAAUAACCAUGAUACAAGUUUGCUGUCAAGAUAUAACUUGUGGUCCAGGAGAGAAGGCAGUGGCCUGUGAGGAGGGCAACCCGUAUUCCUCAGCAUGUGACCCAUGUGAGACGGGCACAAGGCAGGAGACCAGGACUUCACUGUCAACGGGCAGUACGAGCUGCGAACUGAAGUAAUAUUUUUUCAUAAAUUUUGGAUGUCUUUUUACUUAGUCUUACUUUUAAUAUGAAAAAAAAAUCCAUUUUAAUACUGAAGUCGAUCAUUUAUGAGAGAACAUUAAAAAAAAAAAGAAAA